GGUUUCGCGAUUCGGUCGGACGAGUUGAACGCGGCGGCGGGCUACGCGGGCUCGCCGUGGCCGCCGCUCGAGCUCGACCCCGUGGGAUGGGGGCGCAAGCUGUACCCGCCUGGCGCGCCGAGGUCUUCAGGCGGCCUCAUGUUCGGGCUGCACCACCAGGAGGCGGCGGGCGGGCUGCAGCCGCGCGGCCCCGUCACCUCGCUGAAGGAGGAACCCCUGACCCGCGCCUGGAUGACGCCGAGCUCGCUCGUUGAUAAUACCAACGUGGGCGUGGGGCGCGCGCACUUCGAGAAGCAGCCGCCGAGCAACCUGCGCAAGAGCAACUUCUUCCACUUCGUGGUGGCGCUGUACGACCGAGCAGGACAGCCGGUCGAGAUCGAGCGGACCGCCUUCAUUGGGUUUAUUGAGAAGGACCAGGAAGCGGAGGGUCAAAAAACGAAUAAUGGAAUACAAUAUCGGCUACAGCUUCUUUAUGCAAAUGGUAUCAGACAAGAACAAGAUAUAUUUGUUCGACUUAUCGACUCAGUCACAAAACAGCCAAUCGUAUACGAGGGUCAAGACAAGAAUCCUGAAAUGUGCAGGGUGCUGCUCACUCAUGAAGUUAUGUGCAGUCGGUGUUGUGACAAGAAAAGUUGUGGAAACAGAAACGAAACGCCUUCAGAUCCAGUCAUUAUUGACAGGUUUUUCCUGAAAUUCUUCCUGAAGUGCAACCAGAACUGUUUGAAAAACGCCGGCAAUCCCCGCGACAUGAGGAGAUUUCAAGUGGUGAUAUCAACCCAGGUGAUGGUAGACGGCCCACUGCUGGCGAUAUCUGACAACAUGUUCGUGCACAACAACAGCAAGCACGGCCGCCGCGCCAAGCGCCUCGACCCGACUGAAGGUAUUGCCGGCGACAGCGACACUACUUCGGGCCUGUACCCUCCCCUGCCGGUGGCGACUCCGUGCAUAAAAGCGAUUUCUCCCAGCGAGGGGUGGACGUCGGGCGGCUCCACCGUCAUCAUCGUCGGAGACAACUUCUUCGACGGACUGCAGGUUGUGUUCGGCACCAUGCUGGUUUGGAGUGAGCUAAUAACCUCGCACGCGAUAAGAGUGCAGACGCCUCCGAGACACAUCCCCGGCGUGGUGGAGGUGACGCUGUCCUACAAGAGCAAGCAGUUCUGCAAGGGCGCCCCCGGCAGAUUCGUCUAUGUUUCAGCUCUCAACGAGCCGACGAUAGAUUACGGCUUCCAGAGGCUUCAGAAACUUAUACCCAGACAUCCUGGCGACCCGGAGAAGUUACCAAAGGAGAUCAUCCUCAAGCGGGCGGCAGACCUGGCCGAGGCGCUCUACUCUAUGCCCCGCAACAACCAGCUCGGGCUCGGGGCUCCUCGGUCGCCGUCCAGCAUGCCCUUCAACUCCUACUCCGGACAGUUAGCUGUCAGCGUGCAAGAUGCUGCCGCUUCGCAGUGGACUGAAGAAGAGUACGCGCGCAGCGGCGGCUCGGUGUCUCCUCGGUACUGCUCGGCCGCGUCCACGCCACACGCCGCCCCCGCCCCCGCCUCGUACCCCCACCCGCAGCAUUACCCGCCGACGUCAUUGUUCAACACUUCUUCACGAAUGGGUGGUUUGGUGUCGUCGCCGUUCAGCGUGAAUCCAUUCUCUCUGCCGACGUGUAGUGCUCAGCAGUACGCACAGACCGCCCCGCUCGUGUCCAAGUAGCAGUUCAUGUACCAAAGCCAAUAGACAAACGGAUAUUAGUGACUACUAAUUAUAAUUAUUUAAUUUCCUCACAGUUUACAUUAUGAUUUUCGACAGAUUUUAUCGGACCUAUAAUCAAAUGAGGUUGGGGAAUUUAAUACAUAAAUUAUGUACUAUUUAGACACUUAGUAAUGUUCAUAAGAAUAUCUGAUUAUGUAAAUUAUUCAGGGGCAAUGUAAUAUGUAAAUAAUGCUGUAUAAAUGUAAAUAUUUACAAAUAUGUAUAAGUAUCUUAAAAAUAUCGGUAAUUUUGGUAGAUAUGUCGCUAGAACCAAAUGAAACAUACCGGCAUUACGAAACAUGAUGUGGUUGAUCCUCAAAUAGCUUAAUAAAAUAACAAUCGAUUAUGUUUCCCGUCUUGUCGGUAUGAAACUAUAUCGUAAUAAUAUAAGUUUAAAUAUUAAAAUGUAUGUAAAAAUACACAGAUAAAGGUCAUUGCUCACUGUUGGGCUACAAAACGAUGCAUGUAAAUUCAGGAUCGAUGUAAACUCUUCAUUUUCUUUUGUAAAAAUCUGUGAUAUUAUUUACUGUAAGAACUGUUGUAAAUUUUACUAUACUAAAAUAAACUUUUAAUGUAAUUAAUAAUUAUUUAAAUCGAUUUAAAGUAAUAUUUGAAUUGAAUUGAAUUUGCUUAAGUUUUGUGAACGCUACAUCGAAAUUAAGUAGAAGAAAAUUAUUAUACUAACAAUAAAAAAAUAUCUUUAUAACGACCAUAUCACGGAAACAUAUCUUGCACAUUUCUUUUGAGAUUAUUCAAAUGUAGAAUACGUAUUUUUUGUCAAGAGGAAAACCAGUAUACGAAAAAACACCUACUCCCAAUAAAUUCAUUUAUUUCGAUCGUCUCCCAAAUCGGGCGAAAUAUUGAAUCUGUUAUAAGGAUAUCCAGUCAGACUUGUGAAAUGAAAUGUAGUGGAUACUAUUGUAUUAUUAAUGUAUUUAUUUUAAGAAACGGUGUAUGAUGUCUUGUAAAUGAAACGUUAAAACUUAUUAUGGUGUAUGGAAAAAUAA